GUGAGUCGAGCUAAUGCGCGCUGAAAUAUAUUAUACACGACCUGCAACUUCCGACUACGCAGCGGAUUGUAGACGCAACGCGGUGAGCUCUCAGAUAACACUCGCCGAACUACAGACACUUCUGACCGGAGACUCGCCUGAUACUUGGGCAGACAUUCUGUUGUUUCUGCCUGCUUAAAACUUUUGUUUCUAGACUUUUCAACAGCACUUCUUCGUCUUGGAUAAACUUUGCGUUGUGGACAUCUGCAGUUGUCCCGUUGGCACUUCGUUUAGUGUUUAAAGAUUUUGUUUGGUGUUCAAUUUUUACGCGCAUACUACGUGGUUCAUGCACACAAAUGUUAGCGGUGGGGCAAAUGGAUGCUAACAGGCAGAGUGCUUUCGUGUUGGGUAGCACGCCCCUGGCUGCGCUUCACAACAUGACCGAGAUGAAGAGCUCGCUGUUCCCCUACACGCUGCAGAAUCCCGCGGGCUUCAAGGCUCCAUCCCUCACCACCAUCAGCUCACAGCUCCCGCUGGGCACACCGCACGGAAUUAGCGAUAUCCUGGGAAGACCCAUCACCACGGCGGGACAACUGCUCUCCACUUUUCCGCGGAUAAACGGCUUGGCCACCUCCGCCGGGAUGUACUUUAACCCCGCUGCCGUAUCGCGUUACCCGAAGCCGCUUGCGGAGCUCCCGGGCAGAGCGCCUAUCUUCUGGCCCGGGAUGAUGCAGAGUUCCCCGUGGAGGGAACCCCGACUGCCCUGCCAGGCACAAGCAAAUAUAAUGUUGGAUAAGGACGGGAAGAAGAAACACUCCAGACCAACUUUUUCUGGACAGCAAAUUUUUGCGCUGGAAAAAACCUUUGAACAGACCAAAUACCUGGCCGGGCCAGAAAGAGCACGCCUCGCCUACUCACUGGGAAUGACCGAGAGCCAGGUCAAGGUCUGGUUUCAGAACCGGAGAACUAAGUGGCGCAAGAAGCACGCAGCUGAAAUGGCUACUGCUAAGAAGAAGCACGACUCGGAAACGGAGAAGAUGAAGGAAAGCUCGGAUAACGAGGACGACGACGAGUACAACAAGCCGCUGGAUCCCAACUCAGACGACGAAAAAAUUACGAGACUGCUGAAAAAGCACAAGUCGGCGAACCUGUCGCUUAUGAGCCCGAGCAGCAGCAGCUCGGACACGUUGUGAUGCUGAGCACAGACUCUUACUCCAAAAGCUGAGGAACUUAAGGGAAAAAAAAUAAAACUUAAGCAGGGUACACAGAGGGCCUCAGAGCCUCCUACUGCUGCCGCAAGCGGAUCUCAGAUGUAUAUAUUUUGUACCGAGUAAAUUAUGUUAUUAAGCCGCCAAAAGGACAUGGCCACUGUGCACUCAUUCUCUCCUGUGGCAGAAACCUUAUUUCUUUAUUCCUGUCGCAGAAUAACCCAGUCUAUCACUACUUCUCCAAGUUUCACGACUUGAGACUUAAGCCGCGUACAACUCCUCCGGUUGUGUAAAUGAUCAUGUAAAUAGAACUUGUUCUAACAGUUUUAACAGUAUCCUCCCUGGCCAGUUCUUUUCAUUUAAAAGGACUUUAAGUUUUAGGGCUACCUCUGUAAACACAGAUCCAGAUGGAGGGUUAAAUGCUGACUUAAGAGAAUAUUAUUGCUUCAGUGCUGAAGUAAGAAAACCUUUGUAUUAUCAAUAAAUUAUUUAACAAGCUUA